GCCCCGCACGCGCGGGUCGCAGUCCCACAAAGUGCGAAGUCAGCAGGCCGCUGCUGCUGUAGGCGACUUCCGUGUGGCGCCGGCGGCUCGCUGUGGGCAGUGUGGAGCCUCAAAAUGUUAAAGACAAUGGACACUAAAAAACUGAUUGGUAAAUCCCUUCAGCCAGCAAGACCUGCACGCCACCUGUCUUCACAGCAUGCCUCAACAAUUACUUUCAACUUCCAAGCAGAAUUUCCAUGCAGCACUCAAGUAUGUUUACAUAGCGGAGUUAGCUGGUGGUAUGAGGCUACUGGAAUGCAGACUUUAAAUCAAACCGUGAUCCCUAGUCAGCCAGAGUGGCAGGAGUCUAAAACCAAGAAAGAAAGAAUUAAAUACAGCAGGGAUUUCCUCUUAAAGCUUUCAAGUGUUUCACUCUCUCAAAAGAAGCCGGAAUUUCUUCCUGAUCAUCCUAUUGUACUUGAAAAACCAGUGAUCCUAGAAGUCUGACGAUUAGAGCAUCUAUUCUUCAACCAAAAGGUGUUAUUGGUAAUGGUCCUGAAAGUGUCAAUUUGCCUCAGCAACCUGGGACUAUCUGUACCAUUAAAGUAGGCUCUGAAGUUAUUCACAUGUUAUUUAGACACUGAUUAUAUUGUUUUCUCCAGAGAAGACAAGUGGUUUCAAUUUUUGUGUAUAUUCUACAAUUCAGCUCUUUCAUCAAUUCAAGGCUAUAAAAAAAAUCUGCUGUACCUUAUUUCAUAGUUAUGGUGCUGUAAUUUGUAUGGCAGCCUGUUUGAAAAAAAUUGUAAUAAUUUGAGAUUACUAGGGCCCAAACUGCAAAUUUCAGAGCAUGUGAGCUGAAUUCUGUCCCUUCUGCAGCAUCAUUUACUGUUUCCAAUUAGCUGCAUCUGGCAACAGAGCAUGAGUGAAUCAUAGAAUAUCAGGGUUGGAAUAGACCUCAGGAGGUAAUCUAGUCCAACCCACUACUCAAAAGCAGGACCAAUCCCCAAUUUUUGCCCUAGAUCCCUAAAUAGCCACCUCAAGGAUUGAGCUCACAACCCUGGGUUCAGCAUGCUCAAACCACUGAGCUAUCCCUCCCCUGAAACAAAGGGCCUGAUUAUGUUUGCAAAACCUUUACUGUUGUAGCUGCUAGAACAGUUAAACAACAAAUUCAGCCAAUUUAAACACAUUUUAUUAAAAAACAAUAGCCCCAAUUCUGCAAGCUGUUCUAUCUGGUGGGCCCCUCUUGGGAGCCUCACUGACUUCCAUGGGACUCCACAAUGUGGAGCUCAUUGUGGGAUUGGGGCCUAUAUAUAUGGAAUAUUGAACAGCUGCCACUCUACCUUUUCACUGAAAACUGAGUUAGAGGUCCGACAGAGCCACAGACUGCUGCUGAAAUGGCAGAUUGCCAUUAAAACUCUCAGGGCUAGAUUCACAAAAGGACUUAGGCACCUAACUACCAUUUUAGGUAAUUAAAUCCCAGAAUCAGGCCACACUAGGAUUCACAAAAUCCCCAUUCAGGUGCUGCCAAAACCUGUAGGUACCUAAACUCACUCCAUACGUAAAUAUUUGCCAUAGAAGUUCCCUAGGUGCCUAUGUUUCUGAGCAUGUUCACUACAGCCCCAUGCCAGACAGCCAAGCCCUAGCAUGAUGCAUGAAAUGGGAGAAGACAGGCGUUCCUCCACCUAACUCUCCUACGGGGCUUGAUCUGAUAAGUGUGGUCUGAGCUUGCCUACCCAAAUGUGUCCUUCUAUGUGUGCUUGCUCAAAAUGGCUGGUGAGAGCAAACUGCCUCAUAAUUUUUAGCCCAGUGGUUAGAGUACUCAUCUGAGAUAUGGGCAAGCCCAUUCCACAGUCCCCCAGCUGAGGGGAUUUGAACAGACUAACCUCUAGACUAUGGGGCAUUUUGUUGUAGGGUUCCUUCUGCCUCUCCUGUUGAGGCUAAAUAAUUUUUGAAAAUAUAAUUAGAGCAGGGGGAGGCUGAAUCAUAGUUUUCCCCCCUAAAUGCACUAAUCACCAGGCUACAGAGUCAUUGUCUUUCCUCCUCCCCCGCACUCAAUAAUUUCAUUAUUUAUCCACAGUGGAACAGCUUCACCAGGAGAGACUGAGAGAGCCUCAUGUCAGACUAUACCUUAGCCUAGUCAGUAGGGCACUACCCUGUUCAAACCCUGUUUCCCUCAUUGGUGGGUGGGGGCUUGAAUCAGGGACCUUCCACAUCCCAGGCAAGUACCCUAACCACUGGGCUAAAAGUUACAAGGGAGGCCCUCUUCUCCACAGUUCCUUGCAGAUGCAGCCUCGGUGCCUAAUUCCAGCAGAGGGUUUGCAGCUGAGAAUCAUGAGCUGAGGGAGAUACCUCCCAGCUGGCUGGACAUAGGUCCCUAUCUCUGAGAAAGUGGUGGGGCUUAGGACACACCCAUCACCUUAGCUAGUUUAGGCAGCUCUCUGUCUAGCAUGCUGGUCUUUGUGAAUCAUAGUCUAAGGAGCCUUUCUUGCAUUAUAAAAUCUGUUGACUCAUAAAAGGAGUUCUUAAAAUAACAUUCGACUUCUGAAUUUCAGUAAAGAAUUCUCAAAGUUAAAAACAUACUAUAAAUAUGAUAUAUAAUUAUCAUUUAAAAAAAAUAAUUGGAGCGGGGGGACUGGAUCCUUGGUCUCCCCCUUGAAUAUGCUAAUCACCAGGCUACUGAGUCAUUGUCUCUUCCCCUCCCCCCACUCAAUAAUUUCAUUAUUUAUCAACAGUGGAACAGUUUAACUAUAUGUAUAACAUGUGCAUGUGCACUUUUUUCCAAAAUGAGGGAUUUGUAAUUUAAUGUAACAAAGUAUACUCCGGGAAAAUAAUCUUACGUUAAGAGUUCUGGGUCACAUCCUCUGCUUCUGUUAAUUUGUGUAACUCAAAGGAUCAGUAUGCUUUAUUAGAACUUAGAACUAUGCUUUUGAAAGGAUCAGUAUGCUUUAUUAGAACUUCAAUCCUUUGAACUGCUACCCUUUAUUUUUACAAAGGAUAAUUAUACCUUUAUUUAAGCAUUUUCUCUCCACAUUGUUAUAUGUUUGUGCCACAUUAUGGCCCCAAGUCAGAAAGAUAAUAAGCACGUGUCUAUUAUGAGUUUAUGAGUAGUCCUUUUUAAGUCACUCUUUUCAAUUCUCAGUUAUGCUCAGGCCUCAUUAUACCAAGUUGUGCAGCAUAAAGGAUCCAUAAAGAAAACUACACCUGCACUCACUUUAAGGUCCCUUUAUGCUGUCAGGUGUUAAGAGACCUCAGCAUGACUGAGAAUCUGGCCUAAUGGCCUGUUUCUAAACUCGUGGUUGAAGUGAGGCACAGGCUUCAGCACCUUGAAUCAGAAUCCUUAUUCCUACUUUCAGGAGCCUACAACAUAACUACAUUCUGAACUUCCAGCUGCAGCCUGAAAAUGGGCUAGAGACUAUGUUGUUACCAGUCUUCCUUUAGCAAAUUUUGCUGUACAUGUUUUUAUAACCAAUUUUGAAAGCUGGUGGAUAUAUUUAAAUACAAGAAGCUUUUAUAAGGUAUAAAUUGGGGAAGAGGGAAAUUUUCAGGUCACUGGGCGUCACCCCAGAAGACACCUGAAGGUAAGUGAGGAGGGCCUGUCGAUUUUUUCAGCUUUGAGGACAAUUUGUCAAAUAACAGUUACUCCUGCUCCAAAUGAAAACCUAUAUUGAAGAUGUACAUGAUAAAAUGUGUGUUUUUAACUCUUCGCUUUGUCUUUUGGUGUGAAUUAUGGAUGGGGUGUCCUCUGGCUAUUAAGCCUUGUCUUUGAAUUUCCUGGAUAUUUAAUUUAUGUAUUUUGAGAGUGUGUGUUUGCAAUCAGCAUGUAAACAUCUUUUACAGUUGUUUGACCUUUAAACUUAGAUAGAAAUGAUUCAUUUCAUAUGUUGGAUAAUAGCUUUGGAAGUACUGCAUUCUCAAAUAUAAACAUCUGUGUGAUCAAAGAUACCUCACAUAUUGCAUGUCAAAUAUUUUUCUUCACCACCAGGAUAGGCUGUUAAGCUAGUUCUUGCACUCUUGGAAGAUUUAAACUUGAAAUCUCAGAUGUUAAACCACCCAUGAAUCAUCAGAGUUAAUUGUGUAGCUGGGAGCGUCAAAGUAUCCUAUAUUUAUUUACCAUAUGUUAAAAUUAAUCAAGUCUGAGCUCUCUCUCCAAUCAAAGUACCUUGUUGUUUUUCAGGUUAUAUAAAGAAAUGUUAAUGGGAUACAUUAUCCUGCAGUGUCUUUAGAGCAAGUAUCUAAGGCUGACACCAGCCCUGUAUAAAACAUCUGAAGCAGCCUUUUAAAAGUGGCAGAAUUCAUUUGUGUAAUGCUAAGGCUGAUUUCUUCCUCCCUCUAAGUUAUCUGACCUCCCCACACUAAUUGGUUUAAAGAUGUUGUAUCUGACAGAGUUAAUUUACUUUCCAUGAGCUUUGAUUCUGUGUGACACAUUAGAACAACAUGUGCA